UAUCGUUAAGGCAUUGGAUCACCCAAACAUUGUCAAACUCUUCCACGUCAUCGAAACUAGAAAACAGACCUAUUUAGUGAUGGAACAUGCUGAUGGGGGAGAUCUGGCAGACUAUUUGGAGAAGGUGGGCCAUCUACAAGCAGAGGAAGCCCGCCCCAUCUUCACACAGAUGGCAUGUGCAGUUAACUACUGCCAUGACAACGGCAUUGCACACAGGGAUAUUAAAUUAGAAAACAUACUGUUGGAUGACAAAGGACACAUCAAACAGUGUGACUUUGGCCUGGCCGUAAAAGUCACCGCUGGCCAGAAGUUUAUGGGCUACUAUGGCACCCCCGCAUAUUGCGCUCCAGAGCUUUUCACAGCCCAAGCAUAUGAUGUACUUGCAAGUGACAUCUGGAGCAUGGGAGUGGUUUUGUAUGUAUUGUUAACAGACACCUUCCCCUUCGACGCAGAUACCUUUUCACAGAUGAAGAGGAAGAUGCUGAAUCCAAAGCUCUCCAUUCCAUGCAAGCUUUGCACACACAUUAUAAACCUCAUUGGGCAGUUGUUCACUGUUGACUUUAGGCAGAGGCCCACAAUACAUGACAUCAUGGGACACCAGUGGCUUAAGGACAUUGAAGAACUUUCAAAAUUACCAUUUUCCUUAGAGAUGUCCCCCAGCAUCCCAAAUUGCAGCAUUGUGUUGACUAUGUGUGACAUGGGCUACCACCCUAAGGACAUUAGAGACUCUUUACAUGAAAAAAAUUUUGAUAAUAUCAUGGCCACUUACCUAAUUUUAAAACAUAAGUCACCUCAAGGCUACAACACCAAUUAUCGAAAUAAGCCCAUGCAACCUGCUGCUACCAGGACCCCUGCAGGUCCUGUCACCUUCACUCUCCAUAGGAGAAUGACAGAGUCCUCCCUUCCCACCCUCACCUUACUAGCUAAAAGUCAGCUGCAUGAUGAUG